AUCUGCUUUGCCUGUUUGAGUGCUCACGGACCCCCGGCCAGCCAUCAGCGCCCCGCCGCCAACGUCGUCAACCUCAAGGCACGUAGGCACCGAGCUACAGCCAGCUCUCAACAUCCACCUCCCUCACCCCACCAACUCUCCAGGGCUUUUUACAAGAUGGCUGAAGCUCCUAUUGUUCUCGAUGGCGGUACUGGUUUCCUCAAGGCGGGUUAUGCCGGACAGAACUUCCCGGAUCACCAGUACCCUUCGAUAGUCGGCCGACCCAUUCUGCGAACCGAAGAGCAAAACACGGGUGAUAUUCAGCUCAAGGACAUCAUGUGUGGUGACGAGGCUGCAGAGGCGCGCUCAAUGCUUCAGAUUACCUAUCCCAUGGAGAACGGUAUCGUGAAGCGCUGGGACGACAUGCAACAACUGUGGGACUACACUUUCUACGAGAAGAUGAAGAUCGACCCAACUGGCCGCAAGAUCCUGCUCACUGAGCCGCCCAUGAACCCUCUCAAGAACCGCGAGACCAUGUGCGAAGUCAUGUUUGAGCGUUACAAUUUUGGUGGUGUCUACGUGGCUAUCCAGGCUGUGCUGGCUCUAUACGCACAGGGUCUCUCAUCUGGUGUAGUCGUCGAUUCAGGAGAUGGUGUUACACAUAUUGUUCCCGUCUACGAGAGCACCGUGCUCAACCACCUCACUCGACGUCUCGAUGUCGCCGGACGUGAUGUGACCCGCAAUCUCAUUGCACUCCUUCUACGAAGGGGAUACGCCCUGAACCGAACCGCCGAUUUCGAAACGGUGCGACAAAUCAAAGAGAAGCUCUGCUACGUAUCAUACGAUCUCGAGUUGGACCAGCGCCUCAGCGAAGACACAACAGUGCUGGUAGAGUCAUACACUCUUCCGGACGGUCGAGUGAUCCGGGUGGGCAGUGAGCGCUUUGAGGCCCCCGAAUGUCUGUUCCAGCCUCACCUUGUGGAUGUGGAACAGCCCGGUAUCGCCGAGUUCCUGUUCAACACGAUCCAGUCGGCCGAUGUGGAUGUGCGAAGCAGUCUGUACAAGGCCAUUGUGCUGAGUGGUGGAAGCAGCAUGUACCCGGGUCUGCCCAGUCGGUUGGAGAAGGAGCUGAAGCAGCUGUGGCUCACCAAGGUUCUAGGCGGAAACCCAGAGCGACUCAACAAAUUCAAGGUGCGCAUCGAAGACCCGCCUCGGCGAAGGCACAUGGUCUUCCUGGGUGGUGCUGUGCUGGCAAACAUUAUGGCAGACAAGGAGAACAUGUGGAUAACAAAGGCAGAGUGGGAAGAGCAGGGCGUUCGUGCUCUGGAGAAGCUUGGAGCGAGAGGAUAGUGAAGACGCAGUUGUACACGAAUAAAUCCAACAAAUUCACGGCACAAUAGCUGACACGUACGAUGGAUGGGAAACCUUUGUUGCUUUUUUUCUUCUUGCAUGCAGUGAGAGGGUCAUGUGUCUUGCCAAAACUGGCGUGUCUUGUCCCGCACCCUGCAGCCGUCAUUGUUGUUGUGUAGGUAGUUUGGAAACGUGGGGUAAUUAGCUCUUCCAACGUCACCGGAGGCGUCAUGCCACAGUAGUUUUGGCUAGUAGAGGCAGUGGACGGACUUUGUAGGGUGGUUCGGGUCGCCAGGCGCAUUGCGGGAAGUGAGCACAAGCAGGUAGCGGAACGUUAGCCGUUGCUGGAUA